CCUCACGCAGCCAUGGAGCGGCUGACCUUGCCUUCCGGCGGCGCCGCGGCAGUGGACGAGUACCUGGAGUACCGGAGGGAUGCCAACUUUUAAUUUCUUAAGGAAUGAAGAAAUAGUGGUGGCUUAAUUGUUCCCAUAAAACUUUGAAGUUAAAGUUUUGGAAUUAAAGGAUGAUUACUGAAUAUAUAUGUGGGUUUGAGCUUGUGCAGAUCCCAAGAAUUGUUGGUGAGGACGAUGGAGGGAAACUUUUUACUCCUGAAGAAUAUGAAGAAUACAAAAAAAGAGUAUUACCUAUGCGCUUGCAGAACAGAUUAUUUGUGAGCUGGCGGUCACCAACUGGAAUGGAUUGUAAGCUUGUGGGUCCAGAGACACUAUGUUUUUGUACACAUAGGUAUAAGCAACAUAAAACUGACUUUGAAACGAUUCCGCAGCAACGCCCCAUCAGUCUCCCUUGCCGAGUGAGCGGCUGUGGGUGCAGGGCGUACCUUUACGUCCCUCUGAAUGGCGCGCAGCCCAUUCGCUGCAGGUGCAAGCACUUUGCGGAUCAGCACAGCGCUGCACCCGGCUUUCUAUGCAAUGCCUGUUCCAAGUGUUCGGGAUUCCAUAGUUGCUUCACUUGUGCUUGUGGUCAGCCUGCAUAUGCUCAUGACACAGUCGUGGAAACUAAGCAAGAAAGACUGGCUCAGGGAAAGCCAGUGGGGCAGGAUGUCCCUUAUGCAGCAAUGGGAGGCUUAACAGGCUUCAGCUCACUGGCAGAAGGCUACAUGCGAUUAGAUGACAGUGGGAUUGGUGCACCUUCGAUUGAAUUAUUAGAUUCUCCAGCUACAGCCAUGGACCACCCAUUUCUAAAAGCAUUUCAAACAUCAUCUAGUUCUUCUCCACUGACAGAUGUAGGUACAAGUAGUCAAGUUUCUUCCUUAAAGAGACCUGAAGAAGAUGAUAUGGCUUUCUUUGAAAGACGAUACCAAGAAAGGAUAAAAAUGGAAAAGGUUGCUAAGCAGAAAGGAAAAGCACCAUCAAGUACAAAACCUUCAUGAAGACCAUUGGGAAAAAUUAAAACCAUCAUCCAAAUAGGUCUUGUUUGUGUUUGUUUAAAUACAUCAAUACAGUUUAUUUUCUCUUGAAUUAUUUACUUAUUUUACUAUGUAAAUCUGUCAUUUUGGUUGUUUCCUUAAUUUAUUUAAACAAGUGAAAAUUAUAUUACUUUUAUCAAAAUUCAUGAUUACUAUUUUGUAUAUACUUUUUAUCUCUCCUAACAAAUGAGGUUGUUUUCAUAUUAGUCAAAACCUGAAAAUACAGUAACUGUUUUUAGUCUGUCAUAAUUUAACUUUUUGAGGUUAUUUAAAAAAUUAAGUAGGUUAUUUUGGGUUUUGAAUAAAUGUAUAAGGAACACUAUUUAAAAAUAGUAAGUUAAAAUCCCUAUUUUUUAUUUUUCAAACUUUGUAAUCUUGAUUUAUGUUUUUAAAUAAAGUGUAUUUAAAAAUUAUAUAAUCAUUUUCUAGUGGUGUCUACUGAUUUUUAAGUAGUUUUAUUGAUUAUGCAUUUUAUAUAACUGUAUUGAACUUCUUGUGUGCCACCUCAAAUCCUCUUGCCUGCACCUCUUACUCCUGGACUGCUGUGAAACACUUCCAGGCAAGCUUCUGACAGCUUCUCAUGGAAGCCAUUUGAUGGCAUUUCAUCUUGAAAACAUUUCAUGAUUCCCUUACUUUUUUCUCCAGGUAUCCUCUGACAGUGUGGCUUAGGAUUGCCUACUGGAGCCUCUCUGCCAUCAUAGAUGUGUGAAAGAUAUGGAGGAGUUAAUGACCUUGGGGCCACCCUUGACUUAUGAAUAAAUGCUCUCUCUUCCAUCAGCUGGGAGAAUUCUGAGAUGCCUUUCAUAAGGCAUUUUCUUCAGAAAAUUCUUUGGGAUUGAGUACCAGUCACCUCUAGCAGUGGCCAACUCUGUAAUACAUUCUUAUGUUAGCUUUUUUUAACUUCUCCCUUUCUCAUCCAUCUCUCUGGUUCUCUCAGAUUACUUCUCAAAUAAAUACCUGUAUGUGA